AUGCAGCUGCUGUCUUCUUCUUCGCUGCGACGCGCCAGUGGCCGCCGUGUAGCCAUAUGCGGCCGCUUGAUUGACGCUCGAGCCCCUCUGCUCUCUGUCUCGUUUGCGCGCAGCUUCAGCUCACCGUCAAAGGACCUCACGCCGUACCAGAAGCUGCAAAAGUGGAUACAGCCGUUUGUCACCGGCUUUAAGGGACUGUACCACGAAAACAAACAGGCGUGGGCGCUCCGUCGGCGUCUGCAGGAGUCCAAGGGUCAACUGUUGCUCACACGGCGUGAGAUGAUACUGUUGCGGCAAGCGCCUCGCGAUCUGCUCAAGUCGCUGCCGCUGCUGGUCUUCUUUGGCGUACCCCUCGUGGGGUACGCGGCCCCGUUGCUCGGCUACCAGUUUCCAAAGCAGCUCCUGCCGCGGCAGUUUUGGCGCCCGGACCAGAAGACGCAGUUUAUGCGUGAAGAGGUCGAGGCCAGGGCCACGACGUACCCUGAGUUGAUCCAGCUACUGCUACAGAUUCAGCACAAGGACGACACGCUGCAGGAACUGCUGGCACUGGCCAAGUCCGAAACGAGUGGUGGGCUACGACCGACGCAAGUGGCCGAGCUAAUGCCUUUUUUCCAAGGCCCUGCGUCGCUCCAGCAGCUGUCCAGCCAGCACAUUCACGUGCUGUCGAAAGGCACGGCGCGCUUCCCGACUUUUGCCGUGCUGAACAAGCUACUGAUGCAGUCACAGCUGGAAAAGAGACUGGCGCGGAAGACGAUGGAGAUUAGUGUGGAUGACCAGCAGCUGCUGAAAGAAGGCGUUGACGACCUGACGCUGGACGAGCUCGAGUUUGCGUGUCACGAACGCGGCAUUGUGACGCAGUAUGGAGAGAUUGCAACGCUGCGCUAUGCGCUCAAGGAGUGGUUGACCAUGUACGACACGGACCGCUUUGAUCCAGCAUCGGACAUGCAGAGUUUGCCGCCAUCGCUCCUACUUCAUGCUCCUGCUCUGGCAAGCUUUACGAAACCAGAAGAAAAUGGCGGCAAGACUGUCUGA